UUAGCUCGUGAUCAUUUGCUUCCACUCUUAGAGGAAGCAGCCGAUAUGAUUAGGGGCGUCCCAAAAGAAAUUGCAGAAAUUAAAGAUGAACUCGAAAGAAUUGAAGAAUUCAUCAGCAAUGCAGACAGAGUGGCUGAUGCUGAUGAAAACAACAAAAGUCAAGGAAUCAGAGGAAUGAUCAAGCAGCUGAUUCAAGCAACUUUUCGCAUAGAAGAUGUCAUUGAUGAUUAUAUGAUCUGUGAGGAGCAACAACUUCCAGAUCCUGGAUGUGCUGCUGGUGCUGCUAACUGUUUCAAAACUAUGUCUCUUCGUCUCCAAAUUGCCUACAAGAUUCAGAACAUCAAAUCUCGAAUUAAUGAAAUAAGUAUCGAAAGAGAUCGUGGCUUCCAAAUAAAUUCAUCUUCAGAACAAGGAGCAAGGAGUUCUGGAGUAAACUCAAAUACCAUAAUAUUGCAGAACCUUCGAAAGGCUCCAAUUUACAUGAAAGAAGCAGAUGUUGUGGGCUUUGAAGAGCCAAAAAACCUACUGAUUGAUUGGCUGGUAAGGGGAAGAAAAGAGAGGACAGUCGUCUCCGUGGUAGCAAUGGGAGGUCAGGGGAAAACAACUUUGGCAAGGGAAGUUUUUGACAACCCACAGGUUGUUAAACAUUUCGACUGUCAUGUGUGGAUCACAGUUUCUCAAGAAUACAAUGCAGAUGGACUGUUGAGGGAAAUGUUGCACAAGUUAUACAAAGAGAAGGGAAAUUAUCUUCCUAAGAGAAUUAAUCAAAUGGAUCGAGACUCAUUAGUUGGUGAAGUGAGAAAUUGCUUGCAACAACAAAGGAGUAUCAAUUCUCUACAAGUGGACUUUUAUAUCAGUGGCAUUGCUUCUUCUUUCUGUUACUGUUUUGCCACCUCCCUUGCUCAAUAAAAAAAUGUGUUUGUUUGUAUUGUAUACUAUGUUC